UUUGUCGUUACUAUUCCAGAGAUAUAUAAAGGUAAAUGCUGUCGAGUUGUCUCACAAUCGUUACGAGCUACAUGCAGAGUAAACGUAUCGCGAGUGUCUACAGUUUCUCUUGUUUCGUUUUGACGUGAAAUAGUAUAUAGCAAAAAUGAGAAUUCAAGUCUGGUAUAUCGCCGCGGCCGCCCUGACAUCCGUUGCAGUGGAGAUGGUUUUGUCAGCGAAAGUGCCCAUCACGUCUUGCCCGCUGAAUCACUACGCCGUCCUCAAUGAUGAGGGGAACGGUAUCUCGUCAUGUCGAGUAUGUGACUCCUGUCCGCCAGGCUACGGGGUAGUUCAGCCCUGCUCGCCCACUAAAAACACCGUCUGUGGACUCUGUGAUAUGGGCACAUUUUCAACUACAGUAAGUGCAACGGCCAGCUGCAAACCUUGUCAAACUUGCCAGAGUGUAGGCAUGGUGAAAGAGUGUAGUCCCAUAUCAGAUACUGUAUGUAUGGAACAUUGCCCGUUUGGCGAGUACUUCGAUCCUACAACGCUUUCCUGCCAACGAUGCUCAUAUUGCUUCCCCGACCGCCUCUACGCCCGAACAGCCCGCGUAGUCGACUGCCAGCGACAGGGGCUCCACAUUGACCACCAGUGCUCACCGCUACCUGGUGCCGAUGCGGUCGGCGUUGUGCAUUCGCGGGUUGUAACCGCAGAUCGGCACCGCAGCGCUGCCGCGGCCAGACGACAUAGAGGCCGAACGGUACAUACCUCUUCCGCAGACAGAACAGCGCAACGUGCAGAGAUGAGUGAUAGGAGACAACCGACACCGGAAAGGGCACCGGAAACCCAGAAUAACAACGAUGAAGCCUAUGUCGACGUGGUCCCGUCAACUAUUCCUCUUUUCCGAAGUACCGAAGCCCCUCCUCUGUUUGAAGCUAGACCUAUGAGACCCGACAAAGUAUUCGAUCCUUCAAAAAUUGAGACAUCAGCAAAGUCCGGGGUACAAUUUACUUCAACAAAUGCAUACGAUAGUAAGGACCAAGCAUCGAGGGUAUAUAUUGAUACUACGAAGCAUGACUUUGACCCAUCAAGUAUUCCCAAAUCUUAUAAACAGGAGUCCAUAAUUCCUUACUAUCACUCGUUGACUUCGACGGACGUCGUUCUCCUAAUCGUCAUCGUCAUCAUUGUCAUGCUGAUCUCAAUCGUGAUAACGGUUUUAUCGUGUUACUGUUGGAUGAGCAGAGGUAAAAACUUGCAUGGACAAAAGGUUAAGGCAAUCAGCUCGAAACCGCCAUCGAAUGCGUGGUCGUACCAGGACAUGAUGCCGUCGUCGUUGACAGAGCACCUGAUCCAAGACACACCGCCGCAGUCGAGGAAACUCAUGACAUGUGUUUGAGUGCGUCACGAAAGAUUCAAGCAGACACUAAAUAAACUUUAUUACAAGAAACAGAUAUAUUUUCUAUCGAACUCCCUAUACGACAUGGGUUAGAGGGUGUGACGAAAGAUCCGAGUGGACACUGAGCAAACGUUAUUGCAAGGAACAGAAACAUAUCUCUCCCGUCCUACUCCCUAAUAACCGUUGCACUCGAGGCGCCAGUUUCCUGACGCAUGUUUCCUGACGCAUGACUGCGUCAGCGACUGGCACGGCAGCCCUUGACGCGACACUUGAGACUGAAAUACCGUAUGAAUACAUGAAGAGAUUAUUUUUGCUGUGGUGUCGUUAUUUUGCCAUCUAGGCAUGAUGGCUUUAGCCACUUUCAAAUACAUGUACAGGUGUAUGUGAGUUUUCAGAAACAAAUGGGGUAAAUGCAAUCGUAGGGCAACAUAUCUUCCAGGACAUUAUAAGGGGAAUAUUCUAUUGAUACUGACUCAUCAUAAAGAUGUUGCCUUCAAUGUGGAAGAUCGUUUUUAUGUUUAUAAUUCUACAGUACUAUAAAUAUUA